AUGGGAAUAAUCGGCUGCGUGCGAGUGCACCGUGGCCGGGUGUUCCCAUUAGCCGGGCAGGAGGCACACGUUAGACCCGAGUUGCAGCUGUUGCUGGUACCAGAACACACCCAAACACGUAGUUCACCACAAGUUGGCUAUAUCAUAAUCUCAUACGGGACAAUAUUGAAAGCGAGCAAGAUUAGAAUAAUUUUCAAUGUCAAGCAUCAGAGCUAUAUGCCACAUGAUAUUAAGCAGAAAGAUCAAAGUGUCCAUAUACUUGAGAAAGUCGAGCAAUUUCUGCUGCAACCGAAGCAAAGUCUCCUCUUCAAUCUUCACGUAUGUCAACAAUUCCGGAAGUUUCACUGA